UUGAUUGGGGACAUACAUCUUUCCUCAGCUAGACCUCAAAACCCGACCCAGAUCAGCGGUGAUUACACGCAGGUGCACAGAUGACUGAAGUACUGAAGGGCUGAGAGGGACUGGAGGAAAGUUUGGAUGGUCUGCGCGGUGCAGAGACAAACAUCAUGUCCUUAAUAAAAAGGGCACCUGUAUUUCCUACGCUCCAAUGACUACUAGCCAGCAGCCCUGCUCUGUGGUGGGACGACUGGGGGAAACCCACUCAGAAUUAACUGCCUUCUAUGCUUGGAACCGGAUGGAAGUCUCACAGGCAUAAAAAUGCGGUUUUGGUGGAUUUUACUGCUUGGUUUUUGGAGUGUCUAUGGGGAACUGCCUUUCAUAGCAGAGAACAAUGCAGCUAUGUUGGUCAACUGGAAUGCUGUUGAUGGGAACAAGAAGCUCUAUGCCAUCUAUGACACAAGCGUCAACGAACCGGGAAACAUGUCUUUCGUCAAAGAGACCGUGGAUAAACUGUUGAAAGGAUAUGACAUUCGCCUUCGCCCGGACUUUGGGGGUGCCCCGGUUGCUGUGGGUAUGAGUAUAGACGUGGCAAGUAUAGACAUGGUGUCAGAAGUCAAUAUGGACUACACACUGACUAUGUACUUCCAGCAGUAUUGGAGAGACAAGAGGCUAGCCUAUGUAGGGAUCCCUCUCAACCUCACACUGGACAACAGAGUAGCAGACCAGCUCUGGGUCCCUGACACCUACUUCCUCAAUGACAAGAAGUCCUUUGUGCACGGUGUCACAGUGAAGAACCGCAUGAUUCGACUGCAUCCGGACGGCACGGUUCUCUACGGCCUCAGAAUCACAACCACAGCAGCCUGCAUGAUGGAUCUGAGGAGAUACCCACUGGAUGAACAGAACUGUACUCUGGAAAUUGAGAGCUAUGGAUACACAACAGAUGACAUAGAGUUCUACUGGAAAGGUGGAGACAACGCCGUGACGGGAGUGACGCGCAUCGAGUUGCCUCAGUUCUCUAUAGUUGACUACAAACUAGUCUCCAGGAAUGUGGUCUUUUCCACAGGUGCCUAUCCACGACUUUCUCUGAGCUUCAAACUGAAGCGAAACAUUGGAUACUUCAUCCUGCAGACCUACAUGCCCUCUAUCCUAAUCACCAUCCUUUCCUGGGUGUCUUUCUGGAUAAAUUAUGACGCCUCUGCUGCCAGAGUUGCAUUAGGGAUCACAACUGUGCUGACUAUGACAACCAUUAACACCCAUUUGAGGGAGACGCUGCCUAAGAUUCCCUACGUCAAAGCCAUAGACAUGUACUUGAUGGGUUGCUUUGUUUUCGUCUUCCUGGCGCUGCUGGAGUAUGCCUUUGUCAACUACAUCUUCUUUGGAAGAGGCCCGCAGAUGCAGAAGAGGCUGGCUGAGAGGGCACAGAAGGCAAAUAAUGACCGGAAUAAAUUUGACGGGCCCAAGUCUGUUCUGGAAGGAGGCAAUUGCAAGUCUUCAUCCAUUAAACAGUCCAAUCAGGUACAAGGGCGUCGUCACUCACAAGGGGUUGACUCCCAGGGGAACAUUUUGCUGACAACCUUGGAGAUCCACAACGAGGUGGCAGGAAAUGAAAUCACAACCAGCGUGAGCGAGACUCGCAACUCGUCCUCCAUGGUGUUUGACCACUCAGGGGUCCAGUACAGGAAGCAGAGUGCGGCGCGCGAGUCAGGCCGCCUCAGCCUGGACAGGAACACACACCUAAAGAAAACCCGUCUGCGGAGACGAUCCUCACAACUCAAAAUCAAAAUCCCGGACCUCACUGAUGUGAACGCCAUUGAUAGAUGGUCACGGAUAAUAUUUCCUUGCACCUUCUCUCUCUUCAACUUAAUCUACUGGCUUUAUUAUGUGAAUUAACACACUGAUGUUUUAUAAGUCCAUCCUGUCUCAUUCUUGUUUUUGAAUGAGAAUGUAUGACUUCUUUAUGUGAAGCAUAUAACACGGUAAAAUCCUAAUGGAAUUUUUUUAUUCAAAGAGUGAGGACUUUUGUAAACCAAGAGUGUGCACGUGUGUGUGUGUGUGUGUGUGUGUGUGUGUGUGUGUGCACUUAUAAAGACUUAUCCACAAACACAUCCGGUAUUUUACACAGACUUUCAUGUAAAUUACUGCUCUCUCUACUCUGACCUCUUUGAAGUCCUGGGACAUCUUAACGUAUGGAUUGAAAGCCCAACUUCUCCAGAAGAUCUGCUGUGUUGUAUUUCACAAGGAUUAUUUACAGUGCUUUAUGUCAUUUAUCACAUCUGUAGCCAUAAUUUAUGUGUACACUAUGGUCAUAGUGGGGCAACUUAAUACUAACAACAAGCCCGCUAAAACACAACC